AUGUCGGAUUGGAACGCCUUCCGCCGGCAGGAGAUUGCGCCCACCAUUGAGGACCUCGAAAAGUGGACGCGCAGCCUGGUAGACGCGGUGGCGCGUGUGAGCACGGAAGUGGAGACGGACGAAUCGAUCCCCACUAUGGACACUCGACUGGCCCACCUGAUUGAGGCACGACAAUCACUGCAACGCCGAUGGAAGCGCAUGCGGCACAACAGAACACUGCGCAAGCGCAUCGCCCACCUCGGCCGCGAAAUCGAAAAAUACAGCACGCAGCUCUGCGUGCAGCAGUGGCAUGCCAUCUGUAACGAAGCCGACGGGCAGCUGCAUGCCAGCCAAGAAUGGGAGGUCCGCCGAGCGGUGCAAAAGCUGAACUGCAAGUCGGCAUCCGGCCCGGACCUGUUCCACAAUAAAACCCUGCGAAGCCUUGGCGACGUGGCCAUCACGGCCCUUACGAAUUUCUACAACGACUGUUGGCGCUCCGGCACGCUGCCCAAGCAGUGGCGGACCGCCCGAACGAUAUUGAUCCCUAAACCCAACAAGCCGCCCAGCAUUGAGAAUCUCCGGCCGAUCUCCCUGACGUCAUGCGCGGGCAAGGUGCUGGAGCACGUGCUAAACAACCGUUGGCAGAGUUACAUGGAAGAGCACGACGCGUACCCUGCGGCGAUGCUGGGCUUUCGGGCCCGGUGA